CGGAUUUGUCUCAUUUGACAGUUGACUCUCUGGGCGAUAGCGCGUGCCAACAGAUGGUGGGCCAAUCCACGUGGGUCCACACAACGGCUGACAACGUCCUCAUGCACAUGUUCACGGACGGCUGUUUGUUAUGUAUUUCUCUAACCAUCAACGUGUGUACGCUCUCUUUCUUCGGUUGUGGACGACUCGUGGAGUUUAUUAGCAACAAACAUGGUGCCAAAGCUACUCUGCUUACUAAAUUAGCCGACCUACAGAGAAGCAAGCCCUGGCUUUUGGGGAAAACGAUAACGGAGCUACUGGUGACGUGCCUCCUCAUCACGCUGGCUGCUAUCGCUCUGUCAACUACAUCCGUGUCAAAUUUACCAUUUACCGGAAACCAGUCGGCUCCCCUGGACCCGAUUACCCAGACAGUCAUGUCUGUAAAUGUGGGUCGCUACAUCUACAUGACUGUCCAAGACUGCUUUUUGCAUCAGCAUUUGGAUCGUUUUAAAACAGAUCUGAUUCACCACAUAGUUACAACGGUCUCAUACGGUACAUUCCUGGCAUACAGGCAAAAUAUAUUUCUCAGUGUUGCUUGUUUGUUGAUGGAGCUCAACGUCAUCCCCAUAGAAACCGGCCGGUUUAUGCGGGACUUGGGUGUCCAGAAAUCCUCUGCCCUUUACAGAAGAACUGGAAUAAUCAGCUGUGCUGUUACCAUGGCUUCAAGGGGUGUUAUUCCUGUUGUGUGUCUAGCCAUAGCUUUAAAACAUGACUCCCCGCUGAAGAUGGAAUUUCCUCCAAUGAUUUUGUUUUUCAUGUGCAUCGUGUUCUUCUGUGUUCUUAAUUUCUGGAUGAUUUUGCAAACUGUGAGCCGUGUCAUUAAAUAUUCCCCAUGUGGAACGGGCGAUAUCACCGAACAGAGCUCGAACUAUCACGUGACAAAUCCGAUGGAGCCCCAGUCACGUGACAUAGCACUUCCGGGGACACAGGGAAGGCGACAGUGUGUGACGUUUUCUAACUUUAACUAUGGGUAUCUGAAAUCUUACGAUAACAGGAACAUUUGUAAUAACGAAAACGGUAAGAAUAACCAUUGCAGCAAAAAUGUUUCAAAACCCAUACUUGUGUACAAAGACCCGCGUUUACCCUCGACGCAUAUGGGACCAGAAACUGAUGACGUUUCCAACAAUUCUGUUGACGUUGUUCACAAUAAUUUCAGCACAAGGGUACAUUUACAGGACGAAACGAGCCGACCAGGCUCUGCUAUGACGGAUUUAUCAACAGUCAACUCCCCUGUAUCUAGAGGGAGUUUGCAAAGCAGUAGCUUGAGCACAAGCUGUUGCUCCGCAUCCACCCGCAUCCAGAACGCGAUGCCACAUCAUCAGCAUCUCCCGGAGAUGCCACUCUCAACAAACCGUACAAUCUCAGCGUUCUCGGAAACAGCCGAACCUUCUUUCAAUGCCUUAGGCGAUACUGGGUAGCAUUGUAAUUAGCACAUGUUCCUUACAAUGUGGAAUCUCGUUCAUCCUGUGUUUAGAAAAUUUUGAAGGUCAUCAAGGGAGAAGGAAGGAGAUGUGUGCGUGAAUGCGUGCGUGCGUGCGUGUAUCAAUUAGAACAUCGUAUGAAAAUACCCCACCGUCAUUCUCAUCCUCGACCCCGCAACCAAGGGAAUAUUUGAAGGCUCCGUCAAGAACAUUCCUCGUCAUCAUUUCUGAGUUCUCCAUAAUCAGAUGUAAAUUAGAAAACUGACUUUACAGACAAUACUUCAGAUUGAAUUUGUUGAAAGUAUUAGAAUAUCCCUUUUUAACAAUGUCACAGAUGUAACCACUUGUCCUUGUCCGAUUUGUCACAACAAGAGGUGCUCACACUCUUUACCAGGUUACUGUGAAUGCAAUAACCCGGAUGCCGAUCAAGAAGGUGUUCACAAAACUAGGACUGAUCUCUGAAACGAAGAAUGUAAAGCUGUGUGCAUGCGUGCUGAAGUACGUGGACGUGUGUGUGAUGUGGCACACGUGUGUGCAUUCGUUAACGUGUCCGUGUCUGUCUGUCUGCUUUUGUUUGUUUUUUUAGCCCGCCAAUCUAAGUAAACGUAGACUCAGUAUUAUUCGUUACACUGCUACACUGUGUCUAACAAAACCUAGUGGAAGGUCGAGUCAGCUAACCUUUUGGGCUGACCAAUCAGAACACAGCUUACCAAAUCGCGAAAGUUAACAUUCGCACAUACCGUUUGAACCUUUACCUAAAAAACUCGAACUAUUCCGAAUGUUGUUUUCCGCACGAUCACUUCCGAGUGAUACACGCAAUGAGUAAACAGUCGCUGAAAAUAGCGUUUUUUGUCAAUAUUCAAGGAUGUCAUCUUGCGAAAAUAUAAGUAAAUAGUAACCAUGUCA